CAUCGCUUCAAUUCAUCGGAGAGCUCACAUUGUGCUUUACAGUUUUUGAGCUGAGAGUCUGAACUUAAUAUUGGGAGAACGGAUCAGGCACACAGUUUGACAGACUUACGCUAAGCUCUAUAAUGGAGCCCUUCUUGAGAGGCAACUUAAGAUGGUGCUUAUGGAUAUGGGCUCUAUGCUAUGCCACGGCCGUAGCAUUUAAUCCUCUUUCCAAGCUCCGUGGUACACAGUCACACCUCAACUCGGUUGAGGCAGGCCCAAAACAGGUUGCGGUGAUUGGUGCUGGGGCAGCUGGAGCGUCUACCGCAUACUCCCUGCGGAAGUACGCAGACUCAUUCGGAAUACCUGUCAACAUCACUGUUUUUGAACGUGCUUCUUACAUCGGGGGCCGUUCAACAACAGUUAAUGUAUUUGAUGAUCCAGCUUACCCUAUCGAACUCGGCGCGUCCAUUUUUGUUCAAGUCAACUAUAAUCUCGUCAACGCCACCAAGGAGCUCGGUCUUGACGUCAGGGGUGCCAGCACUGAGCGCCCUGGUGAUACCGCAGCCAUCGGUGUAUGGGAUGGAAAGGAAUUUGUCUUCGUGAUGGAGGACUCUUCCAGCUGGUGGAAUAUUGCAAAACUUCUCUGGCGCUAUGGAUUGUCCCCAGUGCGUGCCCAGAACUUAAUGAAGGGCACCGUCAAUAAAUUUCUUCAGCUCUACCAGGAGCCGUUGUUUCCUUUUAAGUCUCUCACUGCUGCUGCUGCCUCGGUUGGUUUGCUGGAUGCGACGUCUACAACUGGAGCAACGUUUUUGGAGAAGAACAAUGUAUCGCCGGGUUUCUCUCGUGACUUGAUCCAGGCAAGCACGCGCGUAAAUUAUGGGCAAAAUCUGCCUUUGAUCCACGGUCUCGAGACCAUGGUGUGUCUGGCCACCGACGGCGCCGUGGCCGUUGAAGGAGGCAACUGGCGCAUCUUCGAGGGAAUGCUGAAGUCCGCGCGCGCGAACGUGCAAUUAAACCAUACGGUCACCUCCAUUACCCAGAACAAGGACAAGAGUGUUACCCUCGAUUUCAAAGACGAGCAGAGCAUUAAACAACAAAGAGCCGACUUUGACGAAGUCGUGAUAGCUGCUCCAUACCAGUAUUCUGGCAUCAAUAUCUCCCCAGCACCCAAACACACCCCAGACACCAUCCCCUUCCACACAUUACAUGUAACCCUCUUCUCUUCUCCACACAGAUUAUCCGGCAAAUACUUCAACCUCAAGAACCCCUCCGAUAUUCCCCCGGAAACAAUCCUCACUACUCUGCCACUCGGAAGUGACCUCGGCAACGCAGAGGAGGGUGUCGGACCAGCCGCCUUCUGGAGUAUCAGCACCCUACGCACCGUAAAGGCACCCUCAACCUCGAAUCCUCCCGAGGAUCGCGAGUCCGAGACGAAGCACUAUGUCUACAAAAUCUUCUCGCCCACCCGCCCCAACGAAGCAUUUAUUCGAGAAAUUCUGGGUCUAGAGCAAAAGAAGAUAAAGAAAGCUGGGUAUAUUACUGAUCUCCCCAAGGAAGACAUAAGCUGGUCAUACGAAAAACUUUGGCACCCCUAUCCAUUCCUUUACCCUCGCGUAACCUUCGAGGAUCCGCUUCUUGCGCCGGGAAUUUGGUAUACAGGCGGCAUUGAGAGCUUCAUCUCCACAAUGGAGACGAGCGCUCUUAUGGGGAAGAAUGUAGCGGCAUUGAUGUCGCAAGGUUGGCUUGAUAAAGGAUUUGUUGAUUCUCCUGUUGUUGAGGAUGAAUUGGGAAGGACAGAGCUUUAG